UACGUACCCUACUCCUACCCUAUACUUUGCACAGCAAUGGUAUCAAUAGCAAUGGCAGUUCCUAUUGUUUCUAUCCUUGACAACCCAAUCAAAACUUCUCCAAAGCCCAUCAUUCGAAUCCCAGAAACCCCAAAUCCAACAGAUGCUUUCAAUCGGGUCUUUCCAUUUUCCCCUGCAAAUCCACCUAAAAAGUUUCAAGACUCCAAAAACUUUCAUACAAACAAGACCCAUUUGCAAGCUCUUUACAGACAAAUCAAUGGCUGCAGUAACACCCAACACAGCAACAAGCUUUGGGUUUAGGGACCUGAUGGAAACUUUGACAGUGGAUGUGGAGAGAGCAGAAAAUAGACCCCUAAAUGUGCCCUUGAUAGCUCCAUUUACAAUAGCCUCGUCCAGGCUGGAUAAAGUAGAGAAUGUGGCUAUUAGGAUUGAAUUGAGUAAUGGGUGUGUGGGAUGGGGUGAGGCGCCAAUAUUGCCGUUUGUAACUGCAGAGGAUCAGUCCACAGCUAUGGUGAAGGCCGGAGAGGCUUGUGAGUUGCUGAGGAGCUGUCCGCCGAUGACGUUAGGCUCGCUUUUGAAGAAGAUUGGCGGGGUUCUUCCAGGGCAUCAGUUUGCUUCUGUUAGGGCAGGAGUUGAGAUGGCGUUGAUUGAUGCAGCGGCUAAUAGCAUCGGCAUACCAUUAUGGAGGCUAUUUGGUGGAGUUUCAGAUAGCAUCACUACUGAUAUAACAAUUCCCAUUGUAUCACCGGCUGAAGCUGCUGAAUUGGCUUCAAAGUAUCGCAAACAAAGAUUCAAAACUUUGAAACUCAAGGUGGGAAAGAACCUCAAGGCAGACAUUGAAGUUCUUCAGGCCAUACGUGCAACCUAUCCUGAUUGCUUCUUUAUCUUGGAUGCUAAUGAGGGAUACAAACCCAAGGAAGCUAUUGAAGUUCUUGAAAGAUUACAUGAAAUGCAGGUUACUCCCAUUCUCUUUGAACAGCCGGUUCACAGAGAUGACUGGGAAGGCCUUGGUCAUGUUACUAAUAUUGCGAAAAGCAAAUACGGGGUAUCUGUUGCAGCUGAUGAAAGCUGUCGAGGUUUAGCUGAUGUGAAGAUAAUAGCAGAAAGAAAUCUUGCAGAUGUUAUUAACAUCAAACUUGCCAAAGUAGGAGUACUUGGGGCACUUGAAAUUAUUGAGGUAGCUAGGGCAUCGGGUUUGGAUCUAAUGAUUGGUGGUAUGGUUGAGACUAGGCUGGCCAUGGGCUUUGCAGGUCACCUUGCUGCUGGCCUUGGAUGUUUUAAGUUUGUUGACCUGGAUACACCCCUUUUGCUAUCAGAAGAUCCUGUUCUUGGGGGUUAUGAAGUACUGGGUGCUGUAUACAAAUUUACAAAUACUAGAGGCCAUGCUGGUUUCCUUCACUGGGACAAUAUUGUAUGAGAUCAAUAGUCAAUUGCUGAAGGGCCCUACAGCUUCUCACAGAUGGCGUUCGUAAACAAUAAUUGCUGUUGGUAAGACUGGUUGGCCCCCAAUCUUUUGAAGUCUUGCCAACGAAUGAAGAAAUCAGCAGAAGGGGUCUACAAGCACAAGGAUUGCUUGUGAUCAGUUUUAGUUUAGGGACAUUUCUCUGCACCUAUGGAUGCAGCCAUUGCCUGGCCGUUUAAACCAUGUAAUUCCAAAUGCUAGAAUCAAAACAGGUCCUUAAACACUAAUUUAGAUGCUGUUGAAAUAAGUAAUUUGAAAAAAAUUAUUUUAUUA